AUGGCGGAGCUGCACCGCCAGCUGCAGGAGUACCUGGCGCAGGGCCGUGCGGGCGGCGGGGCGGCCGUGGCCGAGCCCCUGCUGGGCGCGGACGCGGCCGAGGAGCGCGCGGCCACGGGCGGGAUGGCCGAGGCGUGGCUGGGCCGCGCGGGGCUGCGCUGGCCGUGGCCGCGGAGCCCGGCCGAGCCGGCGGCUGCUGGCCCGUCGUGCCUGCCCUCCGUGACGCGCGCGCAGCGGCUGGCGGCAGGCGGCGGCUGCCUGCUGCUGGCCGCGCUCUGCUUCGGCUUGGCCGCGCUCUACGCGCCCGUGCUGCUGCUGCGCGCUCGCAAGUUCGCGCUGCUGUGGUCGCUGGGCUCGGUGCUGGCGCUGGCGGGCGGCGCGCUGCUGCGGGGCGGCGCGGCGUGCGGCCGCCUGCUGCGGGGCGAGGAGACGCCGUCGCGGCCCGCGCUGCUCUACGGGGCCGCGCUGGGCGCCACGCUGUACUCGGCGCUGGGGCUGCGCAGCACGUUGCUCACGGCGCUGGGCGCCUGCGCGCAGGUGGCCGCGCUGCUCGCCGUGCUGCUGGCCGCGCUGCCCUGGGGUGGCCUCUCCGCGCUGCGCCUGGCGCUCGGCCGCCUGGGUCGCGGCGCCGGCCUGGCCAAGACGCUGCCGGUGUGAGCGCGCGGGCCCGACACUGCGGGACGCGCGGGUGUGGAGGGCUCCGGGCCCCGGGGCGUCGUGGACGCGGAGCGGCGUCCGGGACUGAGACUGGAGCGGCUUGGCUGCGCCCCGGAGCGCGCGGUCCUCCUGAAGAUCCCCGAUUGCGCCACUGAAGACGAACGCACUGUGACAUCGCUGCUGAAAGGAACUUUUUGCAUCCACCGUGGUUUCGGACUGAGUUCUUCGAAAUAGCGGAUUUCCCGAUUUUUCUCAGGUUUACCUUCUAAAAACAUCCAGCGCUAUUUGGCUGUAGCAGCUCUCUGGUUUUGUUUUUGCUAUACCUAAGAGUUGGACAGUUGUUAUUUUAUUAUGCAGUGUAAAUCCAGAGGGUAUCGGAUUAAGUACCAGUUUAGCUUAAACAUCGGAUUUAAAAAAUUAAGACUGCUUACUGCAGAUUUUCUUUGGCUAGGGACAUUGUAACAUGGAAAGUCCGCUUUAGAUGACCGAACACAGUGAACCAAAAAAAACAUUUUUAUCUCAAGACUGUGUUGUGUUGUGUGCUGACGGUGUGUGGAAAUGCCUGGAGCUGGUCUCCACAGAACUGGGCUGGGGGAAAUGCCACACUCGUUUCUCCAAGCCCUGAUGACCGUUUCCAACUUGGCUGUCCACCUUGCAAAUCGUCGUGUGCAGUUGGCCGGCUGACCAAGGCGCUUGGAAGGCCAAGCAUUCACUUCCACUGACCGAUGGCAGUUCCUUGUGGAUCCUGCCCAGGAUCGUGACAGGUGCAGGACACCCCAGGAUUUUGUGCAGCGUGUUUAAUUGGAGGAUCCUGCCCAGGGUUCUCCUCUUGCUGUGUGUCACAGCUGCCCGCAGACCACUCAGAACUUCAUGUGCCUGAAGGGCCUUAACAGGGUGUGUGUUGGUUGAUUGCAGUACAGAGCACUACCUACCUCAUCCUCCAUCCUCAAAGUGGAAGUUUCUGGGUCGCCAUCCAUGCCAUAAGCCCUUCCCCAAGAAGCAAUGCCAGGGACAGCAGGGUGCAUGCUGGGCUUACAGCUCUAGGGCGUCCCUUCCCGGCUCCCGCCCAGGAUCCCCUUGGUGGCCCAUCAGUACUUAGGUCCCCUACCUCAGGGUGGCAAGCACAGUAUUUUCCUGGAGUCACUUUGUCAGCUUUGUACCAUUAGCUGCUCUUUCUGCCACCCCCGUGCUCUCUGUUCUAGUUAUAUUCAAAUAGUGUUGAACACAUUUGUCUGUUGACACUACUCUUGUUUCCUAAAUCAAGAUUUUAAUGUGUUUUUUUUUGCAACAUUAUCUCCAAGAAGUCAGUUUGAAAAUUUAUAAAAUUCAAAAGACAGUAUCUUGGGAUGGAUUUCAACAGUGCCGUUUUAAAAUGAUAUAUGCAUUUUCUAAGAAUUUAAUAAAUGUAAUAAUGUUUCUUUACAGUGUAUUUGUUCUUGAGAACGUGACGUGGCUGUCUGCUGACUGAGGUACUAGUAGGUUUUUAAAGCUGAAACCUAAGCCGUUAACAGAGUUCUGUCCUAGGAGCCCGGUUGCUCUGUGGGUCAGCUUUCUCUCCACACGGCCUCAGUGUGUGCUCCUGGUGGGAACACACAACGACGAGCCUUUCCUUGUGAAGGAAAAUUUAAGAACACUCCCUUGGGAGUCUCUAGAGCCACAGAAAUAAUAACCAGGGCCAUUUUAUUUUUCCACAUGAAUAUAGAACCACAUGAGUUUGGAUGGACUGGCCUGACUACAUAAACACCGCUUUCCUAAGGCAACCACUGGAACAUCCAGGUAAACUCACUGCUACCAAGCCAAAGUGGGCAACGGAUGGGAGGGAAUGUUAGGGCGGGCCGUGGAGCUGGUGUGGCAUGCAGGAUUGAGACCCGUCCCAGCUGUUUCACUUUCCAUCCAGCUCCCUGCUGAUGGCUUGGGAAAGCAGUGGAGGAUGACCCAAGCGCUUGGGCCCCUGUGCCUAUAGGGAAACCCACAGGUAGCCCUGGCUUUA